GCCUUUCAUCAAAAAAGAAAAUGUACUCACACUCAAUUAGUUCUUCUUCUCAACAAUAUAAUCAAAUAGUCCAAAUUGUGGUAUCAUGGCUAGCAAGUGUCAAUCUCACAAGCUAGCUAACCUUUUUGGCAUUCUCCUAGUAGCAGUACUGGCUGUUCAUACAUUUUGGUCUUCAAACACGGGAGCAAUGGCUGUGCGAGACCUACCAUUUGAAUUUGAAGUGUUUGAGCAGAUUCUACUCCCAGAUCUUACCAUAAAAAGUUGUGGCUCUGUUUGUAAUACUGAUGAGGACUGCAAACCACUUCAAGUUUGUUCAAGUUGUCGCUGGAGUUUGAGGGGAAGAUUGGCUUGCAUCCUUUAGAGCAAAUCCACUUGAAGGCCUCAUAUAUAUAUGUAUAAUAUUUUUGUCACAAUUGUAAGAUAAAGAAUAAGUGACUACUCGUACCGUACUAUAUAUCUAUCGUUCUGAAUAAAUAAAUGUAACGGAUAUCAUCUAGAUCUCCUACUAAGGUUAGUAUCGAUCUUUCAUGAUCCGUCACAUCACAUGUAUUAUGUAUUAUUUCCUUAUUUCAAUUUGUUUGAAUCUAUUUCGUUUUUAAUCUGUCUA